CGACGCAGAGAAGCUAUCAAAGCGCAUACUUGGACACAGCAUAUGCCCGCACUUAAGUGGAUCUAUUUCACACCUGCAUGGGGACAGAGUAAAGAUUUGUUUAUUUAUUUUCUGGGAAUUAACUGGUGAGUAGGCUAUUCGAGUUGUGCGGAAAAUAUAUGCCUUGGUAUGUAUUAAUUUGUAUUUUUUUAAUUUAAUCUGGCAAGUCAGUUAAAUCGAUAGAGCCUUAGAACGCUGUGCCACUUGGUCCCCCCAAAUUAUAAAACAGUGACUCGGAUUGCAUGCUUUUAUUGUGUCCAAGUGUACAAGGCCUCUCCAGUCUAUGUCAAGUGGAGGAUACAUCGGCUUUCAGCCAGUGGAGGCUUUUGAGGGAAGGACGGCUCUUAAUAAUAACAGCUGAAACGGAGCAGAUGGAAUGGCAUCAAACACAUGGAAACCAUAUGUUUGAAAUAUUUGAUACCAGUCCACUGAUUCCGCUCCAGCUUUUAACAUGAGCCCGUCCUCCCCAAUUAAGGUUCCACCAACCUCCUGUGUUUUGAGUAUUACGCAUGGGCAUGCAUUGACUUUUGUAGGGGAAGAUUACAAACCUUGUCAGGGAAUAUAGCUGGGGUGUUGGAGUAUUGCGAUAAAAUGUUGAAUUGAGUAAUGUUUUUCUGAAUGAGUGCAUGGAGGACAAUAGGCUCCGACUAGAAGACGUUUGAGAAUUAACAAUAUUACAUGAGAGAUAAAAUAGGUUAUGUGUUUACAUCACGAUAAAGAUCAAGUUUUGCAACGGUAACUCUGAAUCUUUUAAAACUAAAGGCAUCUAAAUGGAAUUUAUUUUGUCGAAGAAUGUAAUCCCUUGCGGAAAUACAGGUGGAAUGAAUUUGGACAGAAUCGCAGAGACCGUGAGACCCCCACCGACGCGCGACAUGGCCUCUACAUUUCACUUGCCGAGAACUGCAAACAACACUCGAGAAACGUUGGAGAACUCAAGCAGCGAGUCAUCAGAUACUGAAAUAACAGAAAAGGAGAGGAGUGUAGAACACAGAAGUGACGAUGGAAACGCGGAUGACCCCAAAAAGAAGAAAGCGAGGCGGCAGAGGACUCAUUUCACCAGCCAGCAGCUGCAGGAGCUCGAGGCCACCUUUCAGCGGAACCGCUACCCCGACAUGAGCACGAGAGAGGAAAUAGCUGUGUGGACCAACCUCACCGAGGCCAGAGUCAGGGUGUGGUUCAAAAAUCGCAGGGCCAAAUGGAGGAAGCGUGAACGCAACCAGCAAAUGGACCUGUGCAAGAACAGCUACCUGCCCCAGUUCAGUGGCCUCAUGCAGCCCUAUGACGACAUGUAUCCCACCUACACCUACAACAACUGGACGAACAAAGGACUGACCCCGGCUAAUCUGUCCACAAAGAACUUCACUUUCUUCAACUCAAUGAGCCCACUCACAUCCCAGUCAAUGUUCUCAGCUCCUAACUCCAUCUCCUCUAUGACUAUGGCCGGAAGUAUGGGCGGGCACUCGGCUGUACCGGGGAUGCCAACUGCGGGCCUGAACAACAUCAGCAAUUUUAACGGCAUUGGCACCGCUACAAUCAACUCAGCCAUGUCCUCGUCGUCCUGUCCGUAUGGGCCUCCUGGUUCCCCUUACAGCGUAUACAGAGACACAUGUAACUCUAGCCUGGCGACCCUGAGACUGAAAUCGAAACAGCACCCAACCUUUGGAUACAGCGGGUUGCAAAGUCCCGGGUCUAGCCUUAACGCCUGCCAAUACAACAGCUGACGUAUCAGCCGUGAUGAAAAUAAUUUGCGGACAGCUCUAAACCUAGUAGCCUAGCCUACCUGCGAAUGGAGCGAAAGACAACUAAACUGGAUUAGUUGCAAUCAUUUAUUUUUCAAAUGAAUUAUGCGGGUUGUAGCCUAUGUGUUUACCAAUGAACUUGUAGGCUACAACAAUUUUAAUGUCCAUGUUUUUUGGAUUUAAAAGUGGUAAUGAAGAUGUGUUACAUUGCAACGUUGUACAUUAGCCUACAUAAGAAACAGACAAAGGAUCUCCUAUGCAUGUUCGCUUACUUGCUUUGAGGGCUCAAACCCAUUUGAAUUGACUUGUAUUGGUCUAAGCCAGCAUUUCCCAAACUCGGUCCUGGGGACCCCAAGGAGUGCACGUUUUGUUUUUUGCCCUAGCACUACACAGCUGAUUCAAAUAUUCAACCAAAACCCCCCUGGGGUCCCGAGGACCGAGUUUGGUAAACGCUGGCCUAGGCCCUGUACUCUUGGUCUUGGAUUAGAAACAGUUUGGUAAACUUGGAUUAGAAACCAAGAAGUGCAACACAUAUAACUAGACAUAUCCGGACUCUGUAGAAGAACAAUUGUAUUGUACAUCGCUCAGACUUUUAUGUUGCUCAUGUGUUUUACCGUUUAUGCAGGGGGUGCCACUGGCCCACCCAAUUGUGUCCUGUUUCUGUAGCAUGACUUUACCUUUAAAUGCUCUGUCUGGAGUAUUUUCGUUUUAUUUGUUUGCUAAAAAUAGAAUUUCUGCAUUUUUAACUUGGGUGCAAAGUGUUUUGUACGAGUUGAUAAUAAUGUAAGAUAAAGCAAAAUCCAUUAUACUGUAUUCAAAAGGUGAUUGAAAAGUAACUUCAUGUGUUUUUGGUAAUAUGUUUGAAUAAACUACAGCAGAAAGAAGUGCAUUUCAGAUAUUAAACGACGGAAAAGGUAUACAUGACAAAACAUAAUAUGUUCCAAGUUUAUGGAAUAAAAGAUAGUAGUGCAAAGUAAA